AGAUUCAAUUUAUAAUAUUGCUUUAUAAAUUUUAAUAAAAAUAUUUAAAUAGUGUAAUUGAAACGAAGUUAAAAAAAAUUAGCUCAAUAUGGUAGUGCGUCAGUACAAUGAAGAACUCAAAUAUUUGGAGAAGGUAACAAACAACUGUUGGCGUAUUAAAAAGGGAUUCCAACCAAAUAUGAAUGUUGAAGGAUGUUUUUAUGUAAAUUCCCGUCUUGAACGAUUGAUGUUUGAUGAAUUGAGAAAUGCCUGUCGUCCAGGUGCUGUAGGUGGAUUUUUGCCUGGUGUAAAACAAAUAGCAAAUGUAGCUGCACUUCCUGGUAUUGUGGGUAGAUCAAUUGGAUUACCUGAUAUUCAUUCAGGUUAUGGUUUUGCUAUUGGAAAUAUGGCAGCAUUCGAUAUGGAUGAUCCAAAAAGUAUUGUUUCCCCUGGUGGAGUAGGUUUUGAUAUAAAUUGUGGUGUUCGUUUAUUACGAACAAAUUUAUUUGAAAAAGAUGUGCAACCUGUUAAAGAGCAAUUAGCACAAUCGUUAUUUGAUCAUAUUCCUGUAGGUGUUGGAUCAAAAGGUAUUAUUCCAAUGAAUAGCCGUGAUUUAGAAGAAGCAUUAGAAAUGGGUGUAGAUUGGUCACUCAGAGAAGGUUAUGUAUGGGCUGAAGAUAAAGAGCAUUGUGAAGAAUAUGGUAGAAUGUUAAAUGCUGAUCCAUCUAAAGUUAGUAUGCGAGCAAAAAAACGUGGUCUACCACAAUUGGGUACACUAGGAGCUGGAAAUCAUUAUGCAGAAAUUCAAGUAGUUGAUGAAAUUUAUGAUAAAUUUGCUGCUAGCACAAUGGGUAUCGAAGAGAUAGGGCAAGUAUGUGUAAUGAUACAUUCUGGAAGCCGAGGAUUUGGACAUCAGGUAGCUACAGAUGCUUUAGUUGCAAUGGAAAAAGCUAUGAAACGAGAUCAAAUUGAGACAAAUGAUAGACAAUUGGCAUGUGCAAGAAUAAAUAGCCCAGAAGGUCAAGAUUAUCUAAAAUCAAUGGCUGCUGCAGCAAAUUUCGCAUGGGUAAAUAGAAGUUCUAUGACAUUUUUGUCAAGACAAGCAUUUGCUAAGAUGUUCAAAACCACGCCAGACGAUUUAGAUAUGCAUGUUAUAUAUGAUGUAUCACAUAAUAUAGCCAAAAUAGAAAAUCAUAUAGUUGAUGGUAAAGAGAAAAAGUUAUUGGUACAUAGAAAGGGUUCAACGCGAGCGUUCCCUCCACAUCAUCCAUUAAUUCCAGUUGAUUAUCAGUAUACUGGUCAACCAGUUCUAGUUGGUGGUACAAUGGGUACGUGCAGUUAUGUGCUGACGGGUACAGAAAAGGGUAUGCAGGAGACAUUUGGCUCAACAUGUCAUGGGGCUGGAAGAGCAUUAUCUCGAGCUAAAUCAAGACGAAAUUUAGAUUAUUUGCAAGUUUUGGAAAAAAUGCAAUCAAUGGGCAUUGCCAUAAGAGUAGCAUCACCGAAAUUGGUAAUGGAGGAAGCUCCAGAAUCUUACAAAGAUGUUACCGAUGUCGUCGAUACAUGUCACGCUGCUGGAAUUAGUUCAAAAUGUAUCAAACUUCGGCCAAUUGCUGUAAUCAAAGGUUAAAAAUACGAAUUUUUUACGCGAAUAUGUGUAUUAUAUGUAUAAUUAAACUACUUAUGAUAUUCUAAUACAAAAAAUCCAAUUGGUUACUCAUACUUGUCGUGUUUUUUAUCACCUUAAUGAUAAUUUUUCUAGAAUUAAGAUUAACGCAUUUGAAAUUAUUUAUAUUUAAGUAAUGAAAUUUAGUAAGCGAAUAUUGAA